CUUGCAUUUGUUUUCAUUCCGCUGAUGGUUGAAGGUUAGGUUCCGUAGUGGUCUGCAUUUUUCUUAGUUCAUGGUUUAAUUUGUUACAUAAGUGGUCUCUUAAAAUUGACUAGUAAUUUUUAUUAAGUGAAUACACUAAAUUAGUCCGAUUUUCAAAUAUUCAGUUUACAAGCACCUCAUUUGGAUUUUAUUUUGAACACUGAAUUUAUCUCUGUUCAUUCGAAUUCGUCUGCAGUUGAAAGUAUUGAGCAUUGGAAUUAAGAAAUAGUUUUAUUUGACAGAUUCUGAAACUAGAAGAACCAUCAACGACAAGAACAAAGACAACCAACAUGAUUUCCUUCAAUAUGAUGACCCUGCAGCAGCAACAGAAAAUUAUGGAACAUGCUAUUCCUCUAGUGCAGCCACCUCAGACUCAAAAUGGCACGACAUCACCAGCCUCUAUUGAAUCACAGGGUGAUGAGAACUGUAGCAAGACCAACCUCAUUGUCAAUUACUUACCGCAAACCAUGACUCAAGAGGAAAUAAGGGCAUUGUUCUCUAGUAUAGGAGAGGUGGAGAGUUGUAAACUUAUCCGUGACAAACCUACUGAAAGAAACCUUUUGGAAUCUCCGAGUACAUUUGCAUGGGACGUUAAAUCUUUGAUUUCAGGUCAAAGUCUGGGAUAUGGAUUUGUAAAUUACAAGUUAGCUAGGGAUGCAGAGAAGGCCAUUCACACACUCAAUGGUCUUAGACUUCAGAAUAAAACCAUUAAGGUUUCUGUAGCCCGACCCAGCUGUGAAAGUAUUAAAGGGGCUAACCUGUAUAUAUCAGGCCUACCCAAGUCCUUGACACAGUUGGACUUGGAGCAAAUGUUCUCCGAUUGUGGUGAAAUCAUUACAUCAAGAAUACUCUAUGACCAAAAUACAGGUUUGUCAAAAGGAGUAGGAUUUAUACGAUUUGACCAGAGGAUAGAGGCAGAGAGAGCUAUCCAGAAAUUAAAUGGAACCAUUCCUGAAGCAGCAACAGAACCCAUUACUGUCAAGUUUGCCAAUUCCCCAAGCUCCAAUAAGAAUGCUGUUUUAGCUCCACUAACAUUAGCUCCAUACCUUCCUCAGACUAGAAGACUUCUUGGUCCCAUACACCAUCCAUCAAGCAGGUUUAGGUUUUCCCCUAUGGACACAGGAUCUAUUUUAGGAGCCAAUACAAUCAUUCCCACUGCAGCCACAGCCACGACUGGUAACACUAUAAAUGGAGCAGGAUGGUGUUUGUUUGUAUACAACUUGGCACCAGAAACUGAAGACAGCACAUUAUGGCAGUUGUUUGGUCCUUUUGGAGCAGUACAGAAUGUUAAAGUGAUUCGCGACUUCCAAACACAGAAAUGUAAAGGAUUUGGAUUUGUUACCAUGACAAACUAUGAUGAAGCAUUAGUAGCUAUCCAGAGUUUAAAUGGCUUUGCUUUGGGAAAUCGUGUUCUUCAGGUGUCGUUCAAAACCAACAAAUGUAAAAUGUAAGGAUGAUGGAACAAAAUAGUGCUAUACUCAGUCAUUCCGGACAGGAUUAGAUUGAGGAGUUUGAUCUAGUCAUAUUUAUAUUCUCCACAAAAUAGUGCAUAAAUAUUAUUAACAAUCAUGAGAAAUUUUCAAGUUCACUUCUGAAGUUGCCAAACAAUUUUUUUUGCUCCUGGUAUUAAGACUAGGACUAAGUGUUGCCAUUACUUUGAAUCAAUCGUUCCAUGAUAUUCCUUUUUUAGUAAUUUAAUUAUGAUUUGAAUGAAUUAAAUUCACAGUUGGAAUGAAAUCUAAAGAAUUUUCUUUAUUAGGAAAUUAUGAUGUUAGCCAGUAAUUGGUGAGUGAUAGUGUAACAACUAGAUCACAUAGCCCUUGUAUUAAAAAUACUUUUUAUUUUUAUUUUUGACUUUUAUUGAUUUGAAUCUCGUGAGAAGUAUACUCAUUUAAUAUUUUAAUUUUACAUGGAUCAGUGAAAUCCAGCAUUGAACAUUUUUAUCCUGAUUUUAUGUUUUACCUUCAGUAAGAAGGCUUUAAUUUGGAGUAGCAUAGAUAUUUUUACUGGGAAAAACUAACAAUUAAAUGUGUAAAUUUUUAAUUCUUGAAACAAAUUUUAAAUUAUGAUAUUAUUGUAAUGAAUAGUGUUUUCUUUUUUUUAAUCCAAUACUAUUAAGUACUGUUCUAUUUUUAGUUAUGUAUGAUCCAUUCUUUAGAUUUUGAAAAUUAGCUAGAUUUUUAUUAUUGAAAAUUGUGAAAAUAAUGAUACUAAAGGCAACUGUUAGUGUGAUUUUAUAUCUUCAAAGAUAAUGCUACUUUUAAAACCAAUUUUCAACCAUUUUAGAUGAUUUGUUUAUACAUUAUUCAUAAGGAUUUUUAUCCAGGUAUAUUUAACUCAAUGAAUCUCAGAAUGUUAUUAUUUUUCAAAUGCACAUGGAGAGCUCAGAGAACAAAUGAAUGCCUCGAGACAUGAUAUAAUCCAAGUAUAUUAUUAUUUAUUUAUUGACAAAACCAUGGAUGUUGAUAUUAUUUAAUACUUAUUAAGUUAUAUAAUUGAUUAUUAAGAUUUCAUUUUUGUUGUUAUCCCAUAAAUUGGUGUUCUGUGGUGAAGUAAUUUUUUCAGAUAUUAUUUAUUGUUUGUCCGUUGUUUUACUUUCAUUAGGUAUAGAAUUGGGCCCUAGGUCCAUUGUUUAUUACAGUAAUUUAGAAUUAUACGAAUAGAAAUAUAAGAUGAAAACUUUUAUAUUACAUUCAUAGAAACUGUUUUCAGCCAUUGAUGGAAUGUGAAAAUCAAUUUAGUCAGUUAUGAAAGAUAUAAAACAAUAUGUGUGUUCAUUAUUUUUAUUUAUUUAUGGUACAAAAGAUUAAACUAAUUUUUUAAAUCAAGAUUAUAAGAGGAGAAAACAGUUUCUAUAUGUAAAAUGAAUAUAUCUGUGUCAAGCCUGAAAUAAUUGGUGAAUUUGUCUGUUGCAUGAAUAUUUGCUUUAGUUUUCUCAAUUAUUGUUUUGCUCUUUGUUAUAAACACUGCUGCACACGAAUGCUGUCUUUAAAUUUUCCACAAAAAAAGCAUUUGGUUUAGUAUAUAUGUAUUUUGAUUUAUUUUUAUUUUUCACCAAACACACAUUGGUUGGAAUCAGAAUUAAAUAAAAAUCAUUGUUUUUAAUUGAAAAUUAGUUUUGAUAGAUAGAUUAAAGAAGAAUGUUAACUUUCAAUGAUGUGUAUUUGGUGAAUGGUUUUUGUUAUUUAAUUCAAGCAGUCAUGACUUUUGAUUUUGCAUUUAUUUAUUUUGGGAGUGAUGUUUUAUCAUUUCAAUGAAUAUGUUUGCCAGAAUUUUCAGUUCACUAGCACCUUAAACUGGGACUCGUCUCAGAAUAUGUUGGCACAAUAUUUUUCUUUUUCUUCGUCUUAGUUCUUUUUUUCUUCAUUUCUGUGAACCCUUUAUUUCCAAUUUACCAAAGUUUCAGGAUGAGACAUUGUUAGAAAUCAUUCAAAAUCUGCUGACUUUUUUUCCAUGGUUGAAAUAGAGAUUUGAUAAAACCAUGUAUUGCAUCAGAUGCCAAAUUGAUCUUCCAGUGUUGAAAAGGUAUAAAUUUUUUGAACAUUUUUAAAUGUUGUGUUUAGGGUUCCAUGUUUUACAAUAUCUGUAUAUGUUUGAAAGUUUUUAAAACAAGAAAUACCUGACAUUUUUACAUGUUUGAUUUCUUUAAUAAAAAGAUUAACUUUUUAUACAAUCCAUCUUAUUUGAUGUCUUUAGGGGCACUCAUUUUAAAUGCUCAUAUUUUUGCAAAUCAUUAAAACAUUCCUCAGGAAAUCUUUCACAAAAAGUGUGUUUUUAUUGUUAUAACUCUUUGUGAAAGGUUCCUUUAUAUUGCCCCUUUUGAUGUAAAUAUUCCUGUCACAGUCGGGGCACUUUUCACAAAGCAUUUUUAAUAUUUAUGGUAUAAAUUUUGAAUGGAUUUAUGGGAACAAUUUACAUCUCAUCAAUGUUUUAAUCAAACAUUACAGACAUUGCCUAAUUUAAGCAUGACAGGGACCCUGUGAGGGUUUUCCAUGUUCUAUGAAAUAUUUCAGUUUUGAUUGAAGUAUAUUUUUGCCAUUCUGGUAAUUUUAGAGACUUCCACUCCUUAAUUUAUUCUUCAUCAAGCAAAGAUGAAAUAAAUAUUUUAUACUUAAGAUAUAUAUGCAAUUUUUACCCAUACAGUUCUGUAUUUGUGAAAACUUAUAUGGCAAUUUUACAUUUUUAUGUGAUGUCGAAUUCAUAUGAACUUGUUAAGAAUCGCUUAUUGUUAAUGAUAAUUGUUAAUGAUAAAAGCAAUAUUUACAUUUUUUACAUAUUCAUUGACCAAUGAUUUUUUUAGAACGAUAACUAUGGGAUGUUAGGUCAGAAAUUGUGUGCCAAGCACUAGCGUUAAUGAGUUAUUUGUGGUCAGUAAGAUCAUCGUGGUUGGGUAAACGUUUUAAAUUUGUGCCUACUGCCAAAUAAAUGUCUACACAGAGUGAAGAAUCAAUUGACAAAAGUUAUGAUUGUUUGAAAGCAAUUAACAAAACCCACCUAUUAUGUAUUACACAUGAUGUGUGCACACAACAGUAGAAAAUAUUCAGUUUCAUUACAUAUUUCUUUUCAGAUUGUUAUUACCAAUCUAAUGUUAGAGUUUUUCAAACUUUUGUGAAAAUUUUGAUCUUUUUUUGACUUUUUUCAUUACUUGUUCCAUUGUUUGUUGUUUUGUUUCAUGUUGUAGCUGCUCUUUUGAAGGGCUUAAACUUUUUUUUUUUGAAGUACAAAUUUGCAAGGUAAGAUGUUUUUCCCUUUUGAUGCAGGUAUUAUUUCAAUCUAUUUUUUCUGAAAAUGAGAUAUAAUCUGAUAGUUCUAACACAUACAUAUAUUUUACAUACAAACAGUCACGACCAAUCAGAAAUAGUAUAAAACAAAGCUAAUUUCAAAUUAAUGAGUCCUAAAAGAAAAAAUCAGUAAACUAUAUCCUGAAUUCAAGUAUUAGCUGUUAAAGAAUCUUGCAGUGGUUAUUAUUUAGUAUAAUUUGAAAGUGAUUCACAUAUGCCUUCAAAAGAGCACCUUCAUUUUUCUUCAUUUUUUCAUAUAUCUUUAAUUAGUGUUGUACAUUGUGAUGUGUUGUCAGGUUGUUUCUAGUCCAGACAUUAAUAUCUUUAUCCUACCUCAUACCCCGUUUUAUACACACCUGUCCUCUAUUGGGAUUAUUGCAAAAUAGUUGACCAGCUAAAAUCAGCAAGUUAUUACAAUCUUUUCCAUUUGAAUACUGGUUACUUAAGCAGUCUUUCAGUAAAUUUGUUGAAGAAUAUUUUGCUUGACCGUCUUUUCAUUCGUCAGUGUAUACCAGUCUAUUUUCUAACAGUUGUAAGGAAGAGAUCUAUAAUCAGUGAUCACUUUGAAGAAAGUGUACACAAUAAAAGUAUCAAAGCCUGAAAAGGUUUUCCCAUUUUGUACUUUUACUGGUCAUGUGUAUCGAAGCUGAACAUACAAUACAAUGAUACAAACUUGUCUUAAAAUUGGAAGACAACUACUGCUCUAUUCUCAAUUUGAGGAAAAGGGGGUUCUUAUACAACAUAUACCGGUAUUCUCAGAAAAUACAUAUCUGUGAAUUAUCUUCAUAAAUACUUAUACACAAUAUACUCCAGAUAACCAUUUUACAAAACCUGAGUGUCUUUUAUCUGUGAUAACAUGUUCCCUACCAAACCAUAUUUAUAUUUACCAAAACCAGCAAGUCCCAUGACAGUUUUAUUGAUCUCAUUUAUGUCCAUGCUCAAAACCAUGUCUCUUUGUGUAGUGAGUUUUGGCUUUUAGAGAGAUUUCAGAAGGAAGAAGUAGUGAAGUUGCAAUAUGAAAGAAGCAUUGAGAAUUUGGAGAGAGAGGGAGAAAAAACGUUGAUAAAUUUAAUGAAUUCUUUUCCUUGUAGAAAAGCCAAAACUCACUACUCCCUUUGUAAAGAAUUUAUGUAUAUGUUCAAAUAAGGAAUUCCUCAUUACAAGGAUAUUUUGUCUCAAUGAAUACUACUCAAUAUGUUUCUCUAGUCAGGUUAAUUUAAAGUGCAAUAAUAUAUACAUUUUUAUCAUGAUACAGACUUUGAUGUUAUAACAAUCACUAUUGUAAUUUGGUUUUCUAUGGUUUAAAAUCGGGGGGAUAGUGUGAUGACUGCCUACCUUAACCCAUGACAUGUGACUGACAACACAUACAUGUAUGUACAGUUUAAUUUCUGUUGAUUGGCUUUUUGUGUGCUUUUGACAUUGCUUUGCAUUCGUUUAGUCCCUGUGUUCAAUUUGGAAUAAACAUAGUCAAAGAUCAGGUGUUUAUCUAUAACAUUUUAUAUAUAGAUAGCCUGAUCAAUAAUGUUGGUUGCCCAGCGUCAUGGCUAUAUUGCAGGCGCUGGCUUGUUGGUUGUAAACGUUAUUAUGUAGUUGGUUGUAAUGCAAUAUUUGUACUUUUAUUACAUGUGAUGAUUAUAAAUAAAAUUUUAAAUAAAUUUGUUUGAUGUAA